AUGCAUCGAAAGCUCAAGGAGCUAGAACAACGAUCUGAUAACAAACUUCUCUCACCGGAAAGUUACUUGCAAACUUCGAAAUCAACUUAUUUCAGAAUGGGAAGUACUGGUGGAACAGAUUACGGGGCAUUCACAUAUGAGAAUCUUGAGAGGGAACCCUAUUGGCCCUCAGAGAAGCUCCGGAUUUCCAUAACCGGAGCAGGUGGAUUCAUUGCCUCACACAUUGCCAGGCGUCUAAAGAAUGAAGGACAUUACAUUAUUGCCUCUGAUUGGAAGAAAAAUGAGCACAUGACAGAGGACAUGUUCUGUAAUGAGUUUCAUCUCGUUGAUCUUAGGGUGAUGGAUAACUGUCUGAAAGUCGCAGACGGGGUUGAUCAUGUGUUUAACCUUGCUGCUGAUAUGGGAGGUAUGGGCUUCAUUCAGUCCAACCAUUCGGUCAUUAUGUAUAACAACACUAUGAUUAGCUUUAACAUGCUUGAAGCUGCCAGAAUCAAUGGAGUUAAGAGGUUCUUUUAUGCCUCUAGUGCUUGCAUUUAUCCUGAGUUUAAGCAGUUGGAUACUAAUGUGAGCUUGAAGGAGUCUGACGCUUGGCCAGCAGAGCCUCAAGACGCUUAUGGCUUGGAGAAGCUGGCAACAGAGGAAUUGUGCAAGCACUAUACCAAGGACUUUGGAAUUGAAUGCCGGAUUGGUCGGUUCCACAACAUUUAUGGACCGUUUGGCACUUGGAAAGGUGGUAGGGAGAAAGCACCAGCUGCAUUCUGUAGAAAAGCACUUACUUCCACCGAGAAGUUUGAGAUGUGGGGAGAUGGGCUCCAAACCCGAUCUUUCACCUUCAUUGAUGAAUGUGUUGAAGGGGUGCUGAGAUUGACAAAGUCAGAUUUCCGAGAGCCAGUGAAUAUUGGAAGUGAUGAGAUGGUAAGCAUGAAUGAGAUGGCUGAGAUUGUCCUCAGCUUUGAGGACAAGAAUCUCCCCAUCCAUCACAUUCCUGGUCCAGAGGGUGUUCGUGGUCGAAACUCAGACAACACUCUCAUUAAGGAGAAGCUUGGUUGGGCCCCUACUAUGAAAUUGAAGGAUGGGCUGAGAUUCACAUACUUUUGGAUCAAGGAACAAAUUGAGAAAGAAAAAGCUCAGGGCAUUGAUCUAUCAAUUUACGGGUCAUCAAAAGUUGUUGGAACACAAGCUCCUGUUCAACUCGGCUCUCUUCGUGCUGCAGAUGGCAAAGAGUAAAGUAGAUCAGCCCAAGCAGCUCAUUCUGUGGUCAUGAAGCCCAGGUUUUAUGAUCAGUGCCAACAUUAUUGCUAGAGAUUAUGAGCUGUUGAACGCCUAUGUUCCUUGUAUUAUCUAUUGCUUUCCUCCAUUUAGCUGUAUUGCAUUGUUCACUACCCAUUUUUAGCCCUUAAUAUGGGCCCUUUCUCAUUUUGUGCUUGGAUGAAGCCUUACUGGAAGUCCUUUUCGACGAAGCAUUGUAACCGUUAUAUGUCAAUUUAUAAUAAAUAAAAUUUAAAUUCUCGAUUAUGC